UUUUCGUUUUGCAUGUCAUUGUCGUUCAGGAUUAAAAGUGAACAGUCUUACAAAUAUAAAAAAAAGAUCGAAGGCGGUUUAAAACUUGAUUUUCAAAGUUUCAUUUUGUUUAUAAUUAUUGCAUUAUAUAUCCACUCUCGAGAAGCGCUCGCAUUAUGUUUGGUCGUCAGAGCGGUUUGGGGAGCUCCAGUGGCAGCAGCAGCAACCUAAUCGAGUUUCGCGCUGGCCGCAUGAAUAUGGUCGGCAAGAUGGUGCAUCCAGACACACGCAAAGGCCUUGUCUAUAUGACGCAGAGUGACGAUGGCCUUAUGCACUUUUGCUGGAAGGAUCGUACUUCCGGCAAAGUAGAGGAUGACUUAAUUGUCUUCCCCGAUGAUUUUGAAUACAAGCGCGUGGAUCAGUGCAAGACUGGUCGCGUCUAUGUGUUGAAGUUUAAAUCGUCAACUCGUCGCAUGUUCUUCUGGAUGCAGGAACCAAAGACGGACAAGGAUGAAGAACACUGUCGUCGUAUCAAUGAGCUGCUAAACAAUCCGCCAUCGGCUCACCAACGCGGAGGCGGUAAUGACAACAACGAGCUUCAGUACAUGCUGAACAACAUGUCGCAACAACAAUUAAUGCAAUUAUUUGGGGGUGUGGGCCAAAUGGGCGGGCUAAGCUCGCUGCUUGGACAAAUGAACCCCCGCACACCAUCCUCACGCAACACGUCGUCGUCUGGCGGUGGAUCGAACAGUUCUUUGCAAACCCCCGAAAAUGUAAGCGUGCCACGCACACCGUCAGCACCCAAGGCUUCCAAGUCUGGCAGCAGUCGUACCAAUCUAAUCGGCGGCAACAACUCGCAGGGUGACUCAGCAGGCAGCGCUACGACCUCCGAUGCUGGUAAGAAAUCGACCACUUCAGCUUCUACAACAGCAACAACUGGACCCUAUGCCAAUCCAUUCCAAGCCUACUUAUCCAAUCUCUCCCCCGAACAUGGCGCAGGUCGCUCUCUGAAUAUCGACCUAUCGACUGCACUGUCGGGCACCGAGGCCAUCAAUCAGCUAAUCGCAGAUCCGGAGCGCGUGAAGACGUUGAUUGUGCACUUGCCCGAGUCUGAAGAUGCCGAUGAGGAUCGCAAGCAGCAAAUCAAGGAUCACAUCAAUUCACCACAAUUUCAGCAGGCACUGGCACAAUUCUCCAAUGCGUUGCAGUCGGCUCAGUUGGGACCGGUGGUGAAGCAGUUCGAGCUCUCCAAUGAGGCCGUCGCCGCCGCGUACUCUGGUAACCUCGAGGAUUUUGUGCGUGCUCUGCAAAAGAGUUUGCCAGAGGGGACUACCAUGGACGCUGACACGGCUGGCACCAAGGAGCUACCGAUAUCCGACAAAAAAGCCGAUUCUGAACCAGCAGCUAAGGAGGAAAAUAUCGAACCCUCCGAAAAGCCGGAGGAGAAACAGAAAUAACCAAGUGCUAACAAUUGCAAUGCUAAAUUGCACAUAAAACAUAUUAAUUAAUGCGCUUAAAAACAACAACAUUUAACAAUAAUUCAGUUUUGAAUAAAUCGGCUUAACAAAUUUA